UUAUAAUACAAAAAUGCCACCAGUGAAUCUUCAUAUAGAUUCAAUUUCUAAUGAAUGCUUGGUUCGAAUGCCGGGAUUGAUCGAUGUUCACGUUCAUAUGCGUGAACCAGGAGGAGAACACAAGGAAACCUGGGAGAGUGGAACUCGUGCAGCUAUAUCUGGUGGUGUUACUAUGGUGCUUGCAAUGCCAAAUACGAGUCCGCCGUUAAUCGACGAUGUGUCUUUCAAUUUAAUCGACAAACUCGCCUCAACCAAAGCUUUUUGUGAUUAUGCUCUUUAUAUGGGUGCAACUAUGGAUAAUGUUAAAGAUGGUUCUGUCAUAGGCCAAAAAUGUGCUGGUUUAAAAAUGUACUUGAAUCAAACAUUUGCUGCCCUUCAAUUACCAAAAAUGGAUCAAUGGAUGAAACAUAUGAAAAAUUUCCCAUCAAAUCGUCCAAUUGUAGUUCAUGCUGAAGGACAAACGUUGGCUGCUGUUUUAUAUUGUGCUAAAUUAUGUGAAAGAGCCUUGCAUAUUUGUCAUGUUUCUACCUCUGAAGAAAUUAACUUGAUUAGAUUAGCCAAAAUUGAAGGACAACCCGUUACAUGUGAAGUUUGCCCGCAUCACUUAUUUUUAACAGCAGAUCAAUUACCAGAAGGAGUUCAAGAAGUUCGUCCUCGCUUGGCCAUAAGUGUUGCUGAUUGUGAAGCAUUAUGGGAAAAUUUGGAAUUCAUUGAUUGUUUUUCUACUGAUCAUGCUCCACAUACUUGGGAUGAGAAAUGUUCUGCAAAUCCACCACCAGGAUUUCCUGGCAUUGAAUACAUGCUUCCUCUGUUACUUCAAGCAGUUAAGGAUGGAAAACUUACUGAGAAACAGUUAAUUGAUCGUCUUUAUACAAAUCCACGUCGUAUAUUUGGACUGCCUGAACAACCUAAUACUUACAUUGAAGUUGAUAAGAGUGAAAUAUGGAGGAUACCUAAGGAAGGAGGCUUUUCAAAAGCUGGUUGGACCCCAUUUGCGGGUAGAGAAGUUUGUGGUCGUGUUAAAACUGUGGUUAUACGUGGUGUUACUGUUUAUGUUGAUGGACAAUUCCUCGUUUCUCCAGGAUUCGAACUUCUCCAUUUGAGUUCUGACGUCAAAUACAGUGAUACUGAUGAAGAAAAACAUUUGCGUCCUUCGCCAGAUCGUCCAUUAAAGUCUAUUACUGAAACUAGUCUUUGGUAUGGACGUAAUGUUAUUUCCGUUGAAUCAUUUACAAAACCAAUGGUCAAACAGGUUUUAGAUCUGGCACUGCGUUUUGAGAAGGUAGUUCGUGAUCGUAGUUUGGCAUUUGAAGGAUUUUUGCGUCAAUUUAUUGUUUGUCUUAUGUUUUUUGAGCCUAGCACUCGGACUAAUCAUUCAUUUAAAAAUGCCAUGUUUCGAUUGGAUGGCAAAGUUGAUGUUUUUAAGAAGGAAUGUUCAUCGGAGAAGAAGGGCGAAACAUUUGAGGAUACAAUCAAAAUGAUGGGACAAUACACAGAUUUACUAGUUCUCCGACAUCCAAGUAAAAAUGCAUGUGAACUUGCUCUACAGGCUGUAUCUACUCUAGAUCGUCCAGUACCUAUUAUAAAUGCUGGUGAUGGAACGGGUGAACAUCCAACUCAAGCAUUACUUGAUCUCUAUACAAUUCGUGAAAAAUUGUCAAGUAUAAAUCAUAAAACAAUUGCUAUUGUUGGCGAUCUGAAAUAUGGGCGUACUGUUCAUUCACUUGCAAAAAUUCUUUGUUUAUAUGAUGGUAUUAUUCUUCACUAUGUUUCGCCAUCAAAAUCUUUGGGAAUGCCUGAACAUGUUAAACAAUACGUUGAACAAUAUGCUAAAAAAUAUAAUAAAGAAAUUAUUCAGAAAGAAUUUACUUCCCUGGAAGAUGGUAUUCACAAUGUUGAUGUGAUUUACAUGACUCGAAUACAAAAGGAACGUUUUACUGAUUCUUCAGAAUAUGAAAAUAUCAAAGGCAAAUUUAUUCUUACGCCAAAAUUACUAAAUAUGGCAUCUAGUAGAGUUGAACAAGAAACGUUCUUUUCAACAUCAGAUCGUCGUCAUCCAACUCCAAUUGUAAUGCAUCCACUUCCUCGUAAUGACGAAAUAAGUACUGAAUUGGAUACAGAUGAGCGAGCAGUUUUUAUGAAACAAGCAGAAUAUGGAGAAUAUGUACGUAUGGCCCUUCUAACUCUUGUUUUACGUAAGGAUUUUUAA